AUGGCUGCCACUUCCGCGGCAUCGGAGGACGAGAUUUUCGGUUCCUGGGUUGUGAAGCAGCCAGCCAAAAGCGGUAGAAACAAGAAAAAAUUCUCCGUCCGUGCCGAAGCGUUGAGCUCCUUUGAAGACUCGGGCGUGACUGGCCCAAACUUCUCGUAUGAGUUUCCGGUUUCAUCAAGUACUACGUCCGUUUCUCGUUUUAUCGCAAGGAAGAAUGAUGUGUUGCAAGAACCUUAAGAAAUUAUAGAGCAACACGCACUCACUUUGCAUGAAAGAAUGAAAAAUUGUUGCAAAUGCAAUUGCGCGGAGAUCUAGAUCAUACAUACAUAAGGAAUUGGAAUAGGUAUAACGCGCAUGAAAUCACGACGCUCCAGCUCAGCACGCAUGAUUUCGGACGUACACAGUUCAUGCUGUCUGUCUUGCUGGUCCUGCUGCAACUCAAUGUGUAACUCUGCAGUACUUAUUUUUUCUUUGCAUACACUCGGGUGGCGGCGGUGGUUCUGUACAGGAGCCGGUAGCAGGGUAGGGGCUUCUCAAACGGGAUAUGGACAUCCUUCGGGUGAUAGACUUGGCUGUUGGCUUCUGAUGCAGGAAAAAGAAUAGCAAAAUCAAAAGGGGGGAGUUGGCGCUCGCGUUUCUUCAUGAGCUCGCGUUUCUUCAUGAUUGUACACACACACUAUGAAUGAAGAAAUCAGAGCUAUUCAGAGCGCUGGCGUUGCGGCUGUUGCGAAUUAAUAUUUGUCGCGAAUUAUUUGUCGCGAAUCAUUUGCCAGCCUUGUGAUGCGGAAUAAACAAACUUGGAGAAUUGGUUUCAAAGUAAAUCAGCACAAUCAUGUAGCAGAUGCCCAUGCAAACAGUUUGAGAAUUCCAUAGAGAAUCGGGACACGUCGACCACGUGGCGAACAACCCUGAUGAAGCAGAUUUGCUGCGGACCUUCUGCUAUCUGCUUGAAAUUUGUCUGGAUCUGGAAUAUGAUUUGCUAGGACGACUUGCACUAUCGGCAUUGCGUUGCCAUGUAUUUUCGCACACCGCGAAACCGAAAAAAUAAACUACCAAAAUCUGUAUUUACAUGACGGACGAAUAAGCGUGACGGAGUUUGUUUGUCAUGCAUGUAGAUUGAUGGUAUGAAGUUGAAGAGUGCGGCCUACUGUAUUGCGCAUCGCUGCUCACAGGAGCGUGCAAAAGGUUUACUUUUGGAUUUGGCCUGCCUCGCCUCGGAUUUGGACGAGCGGGAAGUGUCUUGAUCAUGUCAAUGAACUCAGCCCCACAAGAACUUACUUCCAAGGUCAGACACAUUCACACUUGAUAUCUGCAACCGGGCACAAGCCGAGGCAAACUUGAAGCUGAACCGCGUGGAGACCUUUGAUAUCCUCUACAAAAGUAAUGUAUUCAUCGUGCUAUGAAAAACACCAAGGCGAAGACUUGCAACACUGAAUUUAUGACAACUAAUCUACUCUUAUGUUAGAACCUAACGUAGAAGUAAGUCUAAGUUGUAGAAGCCAUUAGUAUUAGGCUGAGAAAACAAGUUGUUCCAUGACACUGACUGCCACUGGAGGUGCGAUGGAUACUUUUUCAAGUUUUGCGAUGCAUAUUUGACCGGUUGUCCUGUCCCAAGAAUGUCUCCACCGCUGGUCGGAUAGCGCAGAGCGUCCUGAGUUCGCAGAGCUACAAAACCCUGUUCUUGGAGCAGCACCUCCUCGAGCAAGAGCAGAAGCCCCCGAGUUACGAGGAACAGCAGUCCCGCUGUAACAGUUUGUCGCAACCCCGACCCCGCCCGAAAGAUGGCGCCGAAAAGCAAGCGGAGCCCCCAGUGAAGUUUACCAACCAAGUCGCGUUUGGGCGUUCCGUUCCCGUGCUCCAACCGAUGAAAGAACCGUGGAACGACGCAAAGUUCAACACCACACGUGCGGGAAGCAAAGCCACUGCGAAACCGACCUACUACACCGAAAAUGGCCGUAGUCUCGGCACCAGGGAGGUGGCUGAGAACAGCAAGCAGGGUCUAUUACAAUGAAAAAUGCCCCCACCCCCGAACUUGAAAGCAUUUGUAUUGCAAAUCUUUCCAAAUGAAACAUUCGCCCUCUUGCGUGUAUCAGCAUCACAGAUUUCCGAUCGUGAAUAGCAAAAAUUUGUAUUGCAAAAGAUCCCAGCAAGAGCGGUGCUUGUCAUGCAAGCGAUGCGAAACACGACUAGAAUCUGCAUCAGAAAGAUUCGUACUCCUUUCAUGCAUGACAAAAAGCUUUCAUUUGGAAACUUCGCAUCACAGAUUCUUGCAAUUUCAGGGGUGGGGGGCAUUUUUCACUGUGAUAGGGUCGUGAGCGCGAGUUUCAACCUCCGGGCAAGCUUUAUGUCUUCAACGGGCGUUGGCGUACAGAAGGGUGAAUUUGCAGUGAAUUUGUAUUGCGUGGCGUGAUGCAUGAAUUAAGGGGCAUAUGAAGAACACGAGGAGGACGCCAGGCAGUCAGCGUUCCGUGUAGUUGAAAGGUUAGCACUUGCCUGGUGCCAUUGGGAUGGUGACGCUCACUGUCAGAGCCUAAAGUAGAGACGCACGUCUUUGCUGCCUGGUGCGUUGCCAAGAAGCAAAGGCGGCCUGUGGCGAUCUCACAAUACAACACUGCCUCUGCGGAGUCCAUAGGGGGUCGAGAGGGAGGGGGCCGAAGCCUCAACAGGAGAGGGGCACUGGGUCAACAUCUAAAUGGGUAGCUCUCACGGGUUGCGGCUGGCUCGGCUUGGAUGUCCUCUGGAGACAUGUUGCAAUGGAUGCUUGCAUCGCCUGCUUUGCUCUGUAGCUCGUAUCUUCCCAGCUGUGUUCCUGCCUCAUCUUGUUCGGGUCCUCUAGUUUUCUUCGACGUGAUCCCCAGGUCAGAAAUUCUCCUGGUGAAUUUUGAGGCUUUUUCUUUUUGUUAAACUUUUCUGGAGCUCCAAAACCCGCAGUUUCUCAUGCGCUAGCGAAUUUUGAACAGGGACCGCAGGCCAAAACUCACUCACGCCCUUUUCAAAAUUCACCCCAAAACUCACCUGGCGCCCCUUUUCGACCGUGAUAAGCAAACUGCAGCGCAGGAAAGUGCUCAAAAAAGUCCGCAGAUAGGCCCUGGGAAGUGGGGCCGAUGGGAAAAGACAAGCGCCCUCUGUUGCCUUCAGCGCGUCUAUAUUCUGCCAAAAAGGCCUGGAGAGUUCACGCGCCUGCCGGAUAGACGCGUCAAAGCUCUCGGCCUGGUCCUUUCGCCCUUGCUUUCGCGCCUUCUUGCCUAAUUGCUUUUGCUUCGCAGCACUUUCUUUUUCGCGUCUUUGCCGCGGCUGCUGCAGUGCUCUUAUGCGAGCACAGGGAGACGAAUAGACAUGGCCAAAGAACGGCACCCAGGCCAUGUCUAGAAGCUGCCCGCCGCAUAAGCCUUGACUUCUGCGGUGUGCAGAACCCACUUCCCAGAAGGCCAAGAGGGACAAUGUCCCGGCGGACUCGUCUGCAAUUUGUCAUGCAAAAUUCACUACAAAUUCACCACUUCUCAUGCUAACGGGUGUUAAAGCUCUAAGGUCGUGAGCGCGAGUUUCAACCUCCGGGCAAGCUUGGGUUGCCACCAGUUGCCGAAGAUGGAGGUGGACCAGAGGGCAGCACGAACAAGAACAAUUUCCUCUUCUACACGCAGGAUCAGGAAGCCGCGCAGAAAGCCGAGGAUGUCGAGUCGUCGUGGGUGUACCGCUUGUCCAAGCCACGUAGCCGCACCGAAAAGUUUGAGUUUCCCGUGUUCAUGGCAGACAAAGACAAGGAACAACACGAGCUGCUCGCAGCCGCGCAGCAGACCCAGGGAAGGCGAGGCGAUCAGGUUGUUUCGGACAUUGACUACGCCAAAAACACACUUGGUGGGGCAUCACAGGCUGCGCCUGGUGCACCGGCGCCCGCGCAGCGCUCCCGCAGUCUUUCCAAACCCGCCUCCCGACGGCCAUCGCUGAUUCGCAAGCAGGCCUUGGGAGAUAACAAGUUGUUUCCAGAAGAGCUGCGAGACGCGGUGCACCGCCUGGUGGAGCAUAAUCGCAAACCCGCUCUGGUGACACGAGAUCCGGCGGGGGCCGUUGACCCUUUGGAAGAACAUUUUCUCAUGUCCGACGAUAUCUUUCUCGGCGCGAAGAAAAACGCCUCGGCUCCGGCUUCGCGGCCCUCGUCGAGCAGCAGCAACUACAAGUUGAUGAUGAGCAGUGCCCUGGCAACGAAGCAGUGGGAGCAGUGCUUGAAGACCGUAUCGAACCUGGAGCACCGCAGUAAGAGCAAGCGACUUCCCCUGCAGACGGUCGUCGAUACCACCAUGUUAGCUGGCGGUCCGGGAGGUGGUGCAGCUACCACGGACCACACUGUGACGGCUUUAUCCGGUGGAGGUCACCAUCGAGACGGUACAACUAGCAAUGUGAAGCUCCUGAACAAUUCUCCCUACGCCUUCGGGCAAGUGAAGAGUUUGUUUCGGAACAAGAGCACCAGGACCAGCAGCAAACAGACUUUUCUGUCGGCGGGCGGCAAAAACGGGAAGAACGGCGGAGCGACCAGCGACCAUCAGUUAGAAGUCCCCCAUAUCAAAUGUAAAAAUGUCUGGGUCUGGAAAAGUGUAGACUUGUCACGCAGAUUUCCAUGACCCAUGAGGUCUGGAAUGCGGGACUUAGCAUGACAGACUCUGCGAGGUCUCUGCCAUGCCUAUCCUGCAUGAGAAACUCCCCUCCAACUUGGUCAAAAGUGUGCAGCUUUUGGCAAUCAUGCAACACAGAUUUUCGCAUGCUUCAGAUUUACCAUGACAAGUUGGAAUCAUCCAGACCCAGACAUUUUUGCAAUUCAUACCCCAGCUGGAUGGCCAAACUUUGUCCCGGAUCGAGGAGCUGCUAUAUGGCAUUCUCAAACGUUACAUUCUCAACUGUUACAUGGAUUUGUAAUGCAAGAAUGGCAAAAGUCAAAGGCGGGAGGUUGGACCUGUAGCAUUACAAAUUUCGCACAGAUUUAGGUGCUGUUUAGCCCUUCCAAAAUUUGUCAUGCGAAGUAGCUUCGCCGUGUGGGCGGUAAUGCUCAUCUUGCAUGACAAAUCAUGUAACAGUUGAGAAUGUAACAUUUGAGAACGCCAUAUGCUAUACCUGCUCAUUGUGGUCUGCGACAAGACCGCGGCCAGCGACCGCACUGGGUCGCUCCUGAGUCGCGUGCAGCAGCUUCUUCUUGCGGAUGUGUUGCCGCUUUUCAAGAAACUCGGGCGGCGCGUCUCGUUGACAGUCAGCACGGCAGCAAACGGAUCCGGACCUCCGGCGACUCACAUUGCAGGGCCGACCACAACGGAAAGCAGCAACAUCAGUGGUGACGUGCUGUGCGCUUUCCAGAAGCAUUGCCCAGUCUUGUUUGAGCAGGUUACGAAACAAGCCGAAAAGUCACUCGGCCGCGAACCCAUCGGAGCGGAUGCGGUUGUUGAGGUUCGUGACAGUUUGCUGCGGAAAGAGUUUGUGCAGACAGCGAUCACACCAGUCGUCGCCUCCUCCAAAGGUUCUAGUACCGGCCAAACUGCAGAAGCGCAAAACGCCUUUGCGAAUGGUGCUAAAGCAGAUGGUGCACAUCAAAGCGAUGGCAAGACGGGCUCCGGUGGACCAUUUGUUGCAGCAGCUGGUGGAGCAGCUGGUACAAGUGCUACAACUUCUUCAAGGCCGUCCGCGACCAAAAAGGUUGCGCCCCCGGCGGUCAGUGUUGGCAUGUCGUCCGCGUCCGCAUCGACUUCUGCGUCAUCGACACCGACAACGACGCAGCAGAAGCACAAAUCGCUUUUGGCACCACCCGGGCAACAACAUGUGCCCGCAGGAGAUGAUCCGUUCUCGGAGCUAACCACGGUGUUCGUGCAGGAGUGGGAGAGCGUCCAAGAUCGGAAUCGGAAGCAGAGCAAGGAGGCAGCCAAAGCGAAAACAAACGUCAGACCCGUUCGCAAGGAGGUGGUCAAACCCGCUCCUGAAGAACUGGACCCGCUCGGUUUGUGCUGA